AUGGAUAUUGGCUGGUUCCUCCCUGUCCACGCAUGCAGCUGAAGCCGGAUCCUUUCCCAUCCGCCCACAGCAGACCACCCCGAUAAAAGCAGCCCGGGGAGGCAGAUCCAGCCAGAAGGCUCCUCUGCAGCUGAAUCCUGCUCACCGGCCCCAGCAGGACCCUCCUCCAUCUCACCAUGGCAAAGGCAACUGGGCUUGUCUGCGCGCUUCUCCUGCUGGCUUCGUUCUGCUGCCAGAGCCUGGCUCAGAAGGCUCCUGGCGCACCGAACAAGUGCUGCUUCAAGUUCCAGACAAGCAGGAUCAAGAAAGGCAACAUCGUUGGCUGGUUCCUCACCAACCCCGAGUGCUCCCACCGCGCCGUGGUAUUCAAGACUCGAAUGGGCAAAGAGAUCUGUGCCAACCCUGACAAGCCGUGGGUGAAGAAAUACCAGGGGUUCUUCCAGCCGAAUUCCCUGUCUGUCCCCAGCUAGACGAUCCGGGAGGGGAGAAUCCUGGAGACCAGCCCCCAGCUCUGUAACCCACACACGCAGCUGCAAACGUCUCUUGCUAGCUUGACUUUUAAGCCUUUAACAGAAACCUGCUUCUUUUGUCCUACCCCGGUGCAGGAUCUGAAACUCCAGGGGAGCCGCUCCCGGCUCUCUGACUCAGCCCAUCUCAGGGGAGGGCUGUGGGCACAGAAAGUGGCGCCUGAUGUUGCUGGCAGCUCUGCUGGGAUGCAGCGUCUCCAGCCGGGUUUAGCAGCCCCCCGAGUACACCUCCUCCAACAAGGUCCCCAUGGGGUGUGUGUCUGUACCACGGCGGGGUCACCUCCUGGGGGGGGGGGGCUCUGCAAAACCGUCUAGGGGAGCAGAUGUUCUGUUCUCAUGGGAAACAGGGUGCCCAGAUCCCUCAGCAGUUUUAAAAUUCCCAGCCCUACCCUGCAGGCCCAGAUUGUAGCCUGGUUAGACCAGGCCGUCCUCCUCCCCAUGGCCCAGCAGGAGAGUUCCUUCCAGGGACCUGGGACA